UGGGUAAGAAGGGCGCAAGGCAGCCAUGGCAUCAAAGGGAGAGGAGAGUGCCACCAGGCCUGAAUACUCGGCUGUUCCAUCCAAAUCCACACGGCCAAAAGAUUUCAUUUCCACACUUCCCACAAGAGAGGGGUGGUCGACACCACUGAUCCAAUACAGCAAGUACUGGCAUCGACCUCAUAUCCUUGAGGAAAUCCUGCAGGUGCAGGACACCUUCACUCCCCGCGGCGACGACACGAUCAUCGUCACGCAGCCCAAGUGCGGCACGACCUGGCUCAAGGCCCUCGCCUUCGCCAUCAUCAAUCGUGGCAUCCAAAGCUUCAGCGACCACCCUCUCCUCACUGUCCACCCUCAACGCCUUGUGCCAUUCAUUGAGAUCCCUCCUCCUAACGCAGGCCAUGCAUAUCUAGACACACUCCCUUCUCCAAGGCUCCUUGCCACACACCUGCCAUUGUCGAUGCUCCCACAUGGAAUGAGCUCGGCUGGGUGUCGGAUUGUGUACCUGUGCAGAGAUCCCAAAGACGCCCUGGUGUCUAGGUGGCACUUUGAAAACAAAAUACGAAAAGGUUUCAACAUGGAGCUGGAGAAAGCUUUCGCCAUGUUCUGUGAGGGGGUCUCGGAGUGUGGCCCUUUCUGGGAUCACUGCCUCGAGUACUGGAAGGAGAGCCUAGCGAGGCCAGAUAAGGUCAUCUUCCUCAAGUAUGAAGAGAUCAAGUCGGAUCCGGUGCGAGCUGUGACGAAGCUAGCGAGGUUCCUCGGCGCCCCGUUCAGCGAAGAGGAGGAAAGCUCUGGUGUGCCCCAAGAGGUCGUGCGGCUAUGCAGCUUUGAGACGCUUACCAGCCUUCCAGUUAACCAGGUUGGUGGCUUCCAUCGAUAUGUGCAGGGUCUUGGACAUGUGCACCUGCCUAGUUCUGCCUUUUUUAGGAAGGGGGUAACAGGGGACUGGUCAAACCACCUGAGCCAAGAGAUGGGCGAAACGUUGGAUCUUAUCGUCCAACAGAAGCUCCAAGGAUCUGGGCUCACUUUUUAAGUUUCUUUCCUCAUCGUUGUACACUUAUACUGUUCGUGUCGACCUUUUCGAUGUAACACUUAUUUUGCUUCAGUCUGCUGAAUCUGGAACUUGAAUAAACAUCAAAUGUCGAGUCGUUAUUUUAGUGUGAUUGGGGUUGGGGAUGCGCUCUGCCACCGGGCUUCCAUAUCA